AUGAAAUAUGGGAUCCAGAUUCUUCCCGAUCCUGUCAUUAUGGGGCAGGUGAGGCGUGAAAUAAAUAACUUGUUUUGCUAAGCAGCUAGCUUACGGUAGCUAGCAUGCAUGGUUAACGGUUCUGCACAGCUUGCUAGUGGAGUCCGGUGGCUAUUGUGGUAGCUAGCUAGCUAACAUGCUACAGCCAGUCAGACUAUUUAAUAAUGAAAUUAUAAUGCACUACUGUAUCUAUAAAAUGUGUUGUUGUACAGUCAAAUGUUUAACUAACCCAUAUAACUAGCUCAUUGUUAUUUAUGUGUGGUAGUGCUAGCUAGCGCGCAUGUCAACAUCAAUGUUAGUUAACGUUCCGUUGGGUGGCUUGAGCCUUUGACCAUUUUUAGGGCCUUCCUCUGACACCGCCUGGUUUAUACAGUGAGGGGAAAAAGUAUUUGAUCCCCUGCUGAUUUUGUACGUUUUCCCACUGACAAAGACAUUAUCAAUCUAUAAUUUUAAUGGUAGGUUUAUUUGAACAGUGAGAGACAGAAUAACAACAACAAAAAAAUCAAGAAAAACGCAUGUCAAAAAUGUUAAAUUAUUUGCAUUUUAAUGAGGGAAAUAAGUAUUUGACACCUCUGUAAAACAUGACUUAGUACUUGGUGGCAAAACCCUUGUUGGCAAUCACAGAGGUCAGACGUUUCUUGAGUUGUCCACCAGGUUUGCACACAUCUCAGGAGGGAUUUUGUCCCACUCCUCUUUGCAGAUCUUCUCCAAGUCAUUAAGGUUUCAAGCCUGACGUUUGGCAACUCGAUCCUUCAACUCCCUCCACAGAUUUUCUAUGGGAUUAAGGUCUGGAGACUGGCUAGGCCACUCCAGGACCUUAAUGUGCUUCUUCUUGAGCCACGCCUUUGUUGCCUUGGCCGUGUGUUUUGGGUCAUUGUCAUGCUGGAAUACCCAUCCAUGACCCAUUUUCAAUGCCCUGGCUGAGGGAAGGAGAUUCUCACCCAAAAUUUGAUGGUACAUGGCGCCGUCCAUCGUCCCUUUGAUGCUGUGAAGUUGUCCUGUCCCCUUAGCAGAAAAACACCCCCAAAGCAUAAUGUUUCCACCUCCAUGUUUGACGGUGGGGAUGGUGUUCUUGGUCAUAGGCAGCAUUCCUCCUCCUCCAAACACGGCGAGUUGAGUUGAUGCCAAAGAGCUCGAUUUUGGUCUCAUCUGACCACAACACUUUCACCCAGUUCUCCUCUGAAUCAUUCAGAUGUUCACCUUGCGGGUGCAGCAGGAUUUCAGUCCUUCACGGCGUAGUGUGUUACCAAUUGUUUUCUUGGUAACUAUGGUCCCAGCUACCUUGAGAUCAUUGACAAAAUCCUCCCGUGUAGUUCUGGGCUGAUUCCUCACCGUUCUCAUGAUCAUUGCAACUCCACGAGGUGAGAUCUUGCAUGGCCGAGGUAGAUUGACAGUUAUUUUGUGUUUCUUCCAUUUGCGAAUAAUCGCACCAACUGUUGUCACCUUCUCACCAAGCUGCUUGGUGAUGGUCUUGUAGCCCAUUCCAGCCUUGUGUAGGUCUACAAUCUUGUCCUUGACAUCCUUGGAGAGCUCUUUGGUCUUGGCCAUGGUGGAGAGUUUGGAAUCUGAUUGAUUGAUUGCUUCUGUGGACAGGUGUCUUUUAUACAGGUAACAAACUGAGAUUAGGAGCACUCCCUUUAAGAGUGUGCUCCUAAUCUCAGCUCGUUACCUGUAUAAAAGACACCUGGGAGUCAGAAAUCUUUCUGAUUGAGAGGGGGUCAAAUACUUAUUUCCCUCAUUAAAAUGCAAAUCAAUUUAUAACAUUUUUGACAUGCGUUUUUCUGGAUUUUGUUGUUGUUAUUCUGUCUCUCACUGUUCAAAUAAACCUACCAUUAAGAUUAUAGACAGAUCAUUUCUUUGUCAGUGGGCAAACGUACAAAAUCAGCAGGGGAUCAAAUACUUUUUUCCCUCACUGUAGGUCCUGGAUGGCAGGGAGCUCAGCCCCAGUGAUGUACUGUGCCGUACGCACUACCCUUUGUAACGCCUUGCGGUUGGAUGCCAAGCAGUUGCCAUACCAGGCAAGUGGUGAUGCAACCAGUCAAGAUGCUCUCAAUGGUGCAGCUGUAGAACCUUUUUGAGGAUCUGAGAGCCUAUGCCAAAUCUUUUCAGUCUCCUGAGGGGGAAGAGGCGUUGUCAUGCCUUCUUCACGACUGUUGGUGUGUUUGGACAAUUAUAGAUCCUUACAUGCUGACUAUACCGGGCACGCGCAUGUUGAUUUUGUCCAGCCACACCAGACGCGAUCAGGACAUGCAGGUUGAAAUAUCAAAAUGAACUCUGAACUAACUAUAUUACGUUAAUUUAGGGACAGGUUGAAACACGUGAAACAUUCAUGGACAUAUAGCUUGCUGUUGCUAGCUAAUUUGUCUUGGGAUAUAAACAUUGGGUUGUUAUUUUACCUGAAAUGCACAAGGUCCUUUUUUUCCUGGAUCUUUGUAGAAUUUUGACCCAUUCUGUUCUCUACUCUGACAAUUAAUCCACAGAUAAAAGGAGAAACCUCAUUAGUUUCUAGUAAUCUCUUCUUCUUCUGUGGACUUUAUAUGGUGGUUGGAAACCAACUUUAAGGUGCAUUACCACCACCACCACCAACUGGACUGGAGUGUGGACCCCAGUUCAGCUUUGUCACCCACGUGGGUAUAUGCUCCUAAAAACCAAUGAGGAGAUGGGAGAGGUGGGACUUGUAGUGUGUCAGAAAUAGAACCAGGUUCUAGUUUAGCGCCUGGCUAUGCAGAUGGUUGUUGACGCACGCGAGCAGUUUGGGUGAAACACAGGCAGGGUGGUCAGCAAAUUAGUGAUGUGGACACAGAGGAACUUGAAGCGCUCUACCCACUCCACUUCAGCCCUGUCGAUGUGAAUGAAGGCGUGCUCUGCCCUCGCGUUUCCAGUAGUCCACGAUCAGCUCCUUUGUCUUGCUGACGUUGAGGGAGAGGUAGUUGUCCUGGCACCACACUGCCAGGUAUCUGUCCUCCUUCCUAUAGGCUGUCUCAUCAUCGUCGGUGUUCAGGCCUAUCACCGUUGUGUCGUUGGCAAACUUAAUGAUGGUGUUGGAGUCAUGCAGUCGUGGGGGAACAGGAAGUACAGGAGGGGACUAAACACACACCCCUGAGGGGCCCCUGUGUUGAGGUUCAGUUUGGCAGAUGUGUUGAUGCUUACCCUCACCACCUGGGGGCCACCUCCAGGAUCCAGCUGCAGAGGGAGGUGUUCAGUCCUAGGGUCCUUAGCUUAGUGAUGAGCUUGGAGGGCACUAUGGUGUUGAACGGUGAGCUGUAGUCAAUGAACAGUAUUCUCACAUAGGGUGUUCCUUUUGUCUAAGUGGGAAAGGGCAGUGUGGCGUGUAAAAGAUAUUGCGUCAUCUGUGGAUCUUUUGGGCCGGUGUGCGAAUUGGAGUGGGUCUGGGAUGAUGGUGUUGAUGUUAGCCAUGACCAGCCUUUCAGGGCUACAGAUGUGAGUGCUACGGGGCGAUAUUAAUUUAGACCGGUUACCUUGGCGUUCUUAGGCACAGGGACUAUGGUGGUCUGCUUGAAACAUGUAGGUAUUACAGACUGGGUCAGGGAGAGGUUGAAAAUGUCAGUGAAGACACUUGCCAGCGCAUGCUCUAGUAAUCCGUCUGGCCCUGUGGCCUUGGGAAUGUUAACCUUUUUAAAGGUCUUACUCACAUCGGCUCCGGAGAGUGUGAUCACAUAGUCGUCCGGAAUAGCUGGUGAUGUCACACAUGGUUCAGUGUUGCUUGCCUCGAAGCAAGCAUAGAAGGCAUUUAGCUCCUCUGGUAGGCUCGUGUCUGGGUUUCGCUUUGUAAUCUGUGAUAGUUGGCAAGCCCUGCCACAUCCGACGAGCGUCAGAGCCGGUGUAGUAGUAUUCGAUCUUAGUCCUGUAUUGACGCUUUGCCUGUUUGUCGGAGGCCGUAGCGUCCGGGUUAGUGUCCUGCUCCUUGAAAGUGGCAGCUCUUUAUCUCAGUGUGGAUGUUGCCUGUAAUCCAUGGCUUCUGGUUGGUAUAUGUACAUACGGUCACUGUGGGGACGAUCUCCUUAAUGCACUUAUUAAUGAAGCCGGUGACUGGUGUGGUAAAUUCCUCAAUGCCAUCGGAUGAGUCCCGGAACAUAUUCCAGUCUGUGCUAGCGAAACAGUCCUGUAGUUUAGCAUCCGCUUCAAUGGACCACUUCCAUAUUGAGCACAUUUUACAUUUACAUUUUAGUCAUUUAGCAGACGCUCUUAUCCAGAGCGACUCACAGUUAGAGUGCAUACAUUUUUAUACAGGCCCCCCGUGGGAAUCGAACCCACAAACCUGGCGUUGCAAGCGCCAUGCUCUACCAACUGAGCUACACGGGGCCCUGAGCAAAUCACUUGUACUUCCUGUUUGAGUUUUUGCUUGUAAGCAGGAAUCAGGAGGAUAGAGUUGUGGAGGGCGAGGGAGAGCUUUGUAUCCGUCUCUGUGUGUGGAAUAAAGGUGCGAGACGCAUCACUUGCAUGUGUGCGAGACGAGUGGGACAUUGUAACUCAAUAAAUGCUAGUCAGCCUGCAAAGAAAAAUAUGACUGAAAAACAUUUGUGGGCUUGCUUCAGCUGAAUAAAAAUAUUUGUAGCCUACCAUAGCCAUUUGAUCUUUAAUAUAUUGAAUGAGCGAAUUAUUUAAAAAAGGCAUAAAAUGUAUUUGGUUUCAAUGUUUUACAUCAAGGGUGGUCAACCAUCCUCUAGGAUAGCUAAUUGGGUGUGCAGGCUUUUAUUCCUGUCCCCGUCUAACAAAACACAUUUUAGAAAUGAGCUGCUCAACCAGACCUUGAUAAACUGACUGAUGUGUUUGAGCAGGGCUUGAUCAAAAGUCUGCACACCCAGUAGCUCUCCAGACUGAGGGCUGACCAUGUUUUAUACAGUUGCCUCACAGGUUUUCUACUUUGUGGGGGUUAAGUGCCUUGCUCAACGACAGGAGAUGGUACAUGGGAUCAGAGAGCAGCCUCCCAGUGUCGAUACCACAAGUCAUGAAAUUUCAUCUGUCAAAAUGUGUAUGAACCCUGAAAUAGGGGACGGGCAGGGCUCAGGUAUCACAAAAUUGAUAACUAACAUUUUGAAGCUGAGCCAUUUGCUUGUGCUUUGCUGCGCAGUACAGUCAUAUCUGACUAAGAUCAUAACAUGGUGUCAUAAGUGCUUCAACCUCGUCAAAUAUAACACGGGAGAGAUUAUUUAACAGAAAAUAAUGUUCCUUGAGUUUAGAAUGACGGAAAGUAGCUAACAGCUCUCUCAUGUCUCUUCAUUGAGCAGAGCAGCCCAAGCAGAGCCGUUGCUAUGGUUACUCACAGAUUUAGAGCCACUAUGAGCAGAGCGAGCAGCGCGCAGGGAGCUAGUGACAGACCAAGAGGAGCAGCUAAUGGAUUUACUAAUGGAGGAAGUUAUUUCUGAUUUCUGGCAGGGCCGGGUCUUAAAUUUGGCAGAAGCAAUCGGACCUGGGUAGGGCCUAAACUUCAUGGGCAUGGGUAGAACUCGGGCUUAAACUUCAUGCCUGUGCAGGGCUCUAUCCUAUACAGCUUGUUGAGCUACCCGCUAAUAUGUAACUAACUGGCCCUAUUGUUUAAAAGAGAACGCAGUUUCAAGUUGACAGCUGUUAGAUCGUUAACUAGCUAGACAAGAAGCCUAACAUUAGCUAACUAGCUUGCUAUUUGCCAAGUAACGUUACAGGAGAAUACAAGAGUAACUGAUGUAGUACAGUCUGUUUUAUCUAACGUAAUGUCAUGUUUCCCACACUGCAGGCUAAGACAGAAGAAAUCAUGCUUGUGUCCAGCAAAUACAAGCAGAUGUAUGAAUGCCGCCUUCCAGCCCAGGCAGUGAGGUUUCACCAGGACCCAGCCUCUGAGCCUGACUCCCAAGGCUACACCGGACCAAGCAUCCCAGACCUGCUCAAGCCCAUGCACACUGCCCCUUGCCUAGUGAAGGUCAGACACAAAUCACAGAAGACUAAGGGGAGGAAUACUACAUCACUGCGUAGAGACAGCAGUGCUUCAUAUUGCAUCAACAUCUAAACUGUUUUCAGGCCUCUUUACACCAUUGCAGACAGUUAUAAUUAUUAAAGUGAUGCUUUAAAGGAAAUGAAAGAGCAUAUGUUGGCCCAGGCGGAUGCUUUUGCAAUGAGUUGUUCAACUUGUAUUGAUAGUUAAAUCCCAAUUGUGCUUAUCUGAUUGGUCAGUUUGCAUUCCCUAACCAAACUGUGACAUGCGUGUCUCUACAAUAAGCUACCUCACUUUACUGUAUUUGGAUGAAGAGGUCACCUGAAGGUUGGACUUGUAAUCUACCAGACCUUGAGUUGGACAGACUCUAGAUGCAUAUUAGAAUUAGAGUUUAUGUCUGGUUGAUGAUCAUGUGAUUGUAAGAGGAAGGGAACAGAAUGCAACUUCUCCAUAUAAGUCAGUCUAUAGGCCUCAUAUUCUAUUUCAUCUAGCAUUGGAAGGCCACUCAACAUGGAUAUGAAAUGUAAUAUGAACUAAAACGUUGUCAUUCUUUAUGACUGCAGACGAAAGACUGGUGGACAUACGAGUUCUGCUAUGGACAACACAUUAGACAGUACCACCUUGAGGGUAAGACUUACUUUCAACAACUAUUUUAGCCAAGAAAAAAAGUUAACAGCUGGAUCAUUCUUGUUUGUACUAACUGUUUACAUUUUCACCUUUUAACUUUCAUGACUUACUCCUCUGGUGUUGACCUGUCUGUCAUGUGUACUCCUCUGGUGUUGACCUGUCUGUCAUGUGUACUCCUCUGGUGUUGACCUGUCUGUCAUGUGUACUCCUCUGGUGUUGACCUGUCUGUCAUGUGUACUCCUCUGGUGUUGACCUGUCUGUCAUGUGUACUCCUCUGGUGUUGACCUGUCUGUCAUGUGUACUCCUCUGGUGUUGACCUGUCUGUCAUGUGUACUCCUCUGGUGUUGACCUGUCUGUCAUGUGUACUCCUCUGGUGUUGACCUGUCUGUCAUGUGUACUCCUCUGGUGUUGACCUGUCUGUCAUGUGUACUCCUCUGGUGUUGACCUGUCUGUCAUGUGUACUCCUCUGGUGUUGACCUGUCUGUCAUGUGUACUCCUCUGGUGUUGACCUGUCUGUCAUGUGCUGCUGCGUCACAUGGUGUCACCUACCUGACGCUACUUUAUCUAUUUAGAUUUAGGUCAUGCCUCUAAUGAUCGAGUCUGUUUUUAUCUCUCCACAGACACAGACAUCAAAGGGGAUGUUCUCUUCCUGGGUUACUAUGAUUCAGAGUUUGACUGGAACAAUGAAACAGCCAAGGUAACCAGUUUGUUUAUCUGUUGCAUGCAGCCUCCCUCCUCUCUCCCCUCCAUAGGAUUUUGUCAUACUUUGUUGUGCUACUGUAGUGUGUUUAACUCCUCUCAUAGAAAGGACUAAAGCAAGAGUUUUUCCGAUGUAUACUUGCUGGCAAAUAUGAAAGAAGCAUGUUGCAUGAGCCAAUUUUCAGUCUAGAAAAAGUGUUUUUGAUACACUAUAUAUACAAAAGUAUGUGGACACCCCUUUUUAAAUUAGUGGAUUCGGCUAUUUCAGCCACACCCGUUGCUGACAAGUGUAUAAAAUUGAGCACACCGCCAUGCAAUCUCCAUAGACAAACACCGGCAGUAGAAUAGCCUUACUGAAGAGCUCAGUGACUUUCAAUGUGGCACCGUCAUAGGAUGCCACCUUUCCAACUGUCUGUUUGGCACAUUUCUGCCCAGCUACAGCUGCCCAGGUCAACUGUAAGUGCUGUUAUUGUGAAGUGGAAACGUCUAGGAGCGACAACGGCUCAGCCGCAAAGUGGUAGGCCACACAAGCUCACAGAAUGGGACCACUGAAGCGCGUAGCGUGUAAAAAUCGUCUGUCCUCGGUUGUAACACUCACUACCAAAUUCCAAACUGCCUCUGGAAGCAGCGUAAGCACAAGAACUGUUCGUCGGGAGCUUAAUGAAAUGGGUUUCCAUGGCCGCACACAAGCCAAGCUGGAGUGGUGUAAAGCUCACCGCCAUUGGACUCUGGAGCAGUGGAAACAUGUUCUCUGGAGUGAUGAAUCACGCUUCACCAUCUGGCAGUCCGAUGGACAAAUCUCGGCUUGGCAGAUGCCAGGAGAAUGCUACCUGCCCCAAUGCAUAGUGCCAACUGUAAACUUUGGUGGAGGAGGAAUAAUGGUCUGGGGCUGUUUUUCAUGGUUCGGGCUAGGCCCCUUAGUUCCAGGGAGGGAAAUCUUAACGCUACAGCAUACAAUGACAUUCUAGACGAUUCUGUGCUUCCAACAUUGUGGCAACAGUUUGGGGAAGGCCCUUUCCUGUUUCAGCAUGACAAUGCCCUCGUGCACAAAUCGAGGUCCAUACAGAAAUGGUUUGUCGUGAUCGGUGUGGAAGAACUUGACUGGCCUGCACAGAGCCCUGACCUCAACCCCAUCGAACACCUUUGGGAUGAAUUGGAACGCCGAGCCAGGCCUAAUCGCCCAACAUCAGUGCCCGACCUCACUAAUGCUGUUGUGGCUGAAUGGAAACAAGUCCCUGCAGUAAUGUUCCAACAUCUAGUGGAAAGCCUUCCCAGAAGAGUGGAGUCUGUUAUAGCAGCAAAGGGGGGACCAACUCCAUAUUAAUGCCCAUGAUUAUGGAAUGAGAUGUUUGACGAGCAGGUGUCCACAUACUUUUGGUCAUGUAGGAUAAGAGCUGGCAAAUACCAACUUCAGCUAAAAUGAGCUCUUGCUCUUUAGAAAUUACAGCCUGACGUACUGCAUCAAUACCAACCAGUGUGAAUACCAGUGUAAUACACACACUAAUAAAGCUAUUUUUAUCUAUCCUUCCUUCUCUCCCUCCCAGGCCUCCAAGCAGCACAGGUUGAAGCGCUACCACAGUCAGAGCUACGUCAACGGCUCCAAGUGUGACCUGAACGGGAGCCCCAGGGAGACUGAAGUCAGGGUGAGAGACUAUGAGAUGGUUUCUUAAGAUUGCAAUAACAACCUGAACAACCUGUGUUUUGUAUUAAAUAAAUAUUGUAUUGAAUAAAUAUGUAAAACUGCAAAUGCAUUAGAUAAGACUGGUGUGACUCCUUGACAAUCUAUGACCGCUGACCCCUGAUCUUCUGUGCUCUGUAUCUUCCAGUUUGUGUGUGAGGAGGGGUCGGGUGACUACGUGGCCCGUGUGGACGAGCCCCAGUCCUGUCGCUACGUGCUGACGGUCCACACUACCAGCACCUGCCAGCACCCCUUCCUGCGUCCGCCCUCCACCGCCAAGCCCCAGAGCAUUGUGUGCCAGCCGGCUCUCAGCACCCAGCAAUACAUGGACUAUGUCAAGGCCCAAGUCUGUGAGUCAGCAGGCAGGAUGGGGGUCUUUGGGAGGGUGCUUACUCUUUAUGUAUUGUGAUAUGAAGCCUGGCUAAAUAUUUUAAUUGGUUCCCUAAUUUCACAAGCCCUGAGGAAUAAUGUAACCUUGCUUCUCUCUCUCUCAUGUUCAGCGGACACGAAACGUAAAGUGGAGCAGAUCUCAGAGGAGCUGAAGACUCUUGAUGAAAUUUUGGCCGGUGACGAGGGGACAGAUGGCACAGUGGAUGAGGGGACAGACGAGGAGUCAGCGAUGUCAAAAGAUGACCCAGAUGUCCUGGGGUCAGACACAGAAGGUUCAAUGCCCAUUUGUUUCAUCAAAGUACUUAAUUUCUCUGGUGUGUGUUGGUCUUAUAGUAGACACCACAGCUUGCUUGCAGGAUAUUAGAAUGAAAGCAUCAUAUUAGGAAAUAAUCGGUCCUCUUGAUUCAUUUCUGUUGGACCAGAUGAAGGUGUUACCUCUGAACAGCCAGAGGAUUCUGAUUUCUGGGAGGGAGUGACAAAUCCAGGGGGUACCACAGCAUCUGACACCACUUCAGAGCAUCAGGUACACAGUCAGUGAUCAUCAUAAUAUCUUUCAACUUUAGUCUUCCACAAGAUGGCGCCAACAGCUUUCUGUUUUGACAGGCUGGAGAGGAUGCCUUUGAUAAUCAGCUCACAGACAAUGAGGUCACAGAGGAUGGUAAUGUAUUACAUUGGCAUUUAAAAACACUACUCACUACAAUAUCACAUCUGAUGCUUUCAAGUGUUAUCCUUUUGGUUAAUAUCUAUCAGAUGUUUUUGAUUCCUCGCAGCUUUUGGAGAUGAAAAAUUCAACUUCAAGAUCAUCACAGACCCUGCAGACCUGAUGAAAUUUGUGCAGCAUCUAAAAGAGAGCAACAGAAAGGUUAGUGCCACCUUUAGGCCAGACCAUGGCACAGUUACCUUUUUCCCAUAACCAUGUAUUCAUAAUGCAGUGACAUUUUUGUGCAUUUAAUUUCAAUAUGGUUAUUUGACUUCCUUCUCAGAAAGAACAAAAUGAAGCCGAAAGAGAGGCACUGAGAAAGAAGGAGAAAGAGAGAGGUGGCGGCGAGGAUGAGGAAGGGGAUGAAGAAGAGCGUUUCCUGCUGCAGGAGUUUGAAGAGGAGAUAGCUGGCCUCUCGGUGCCCUCUGCCAACAUCGAGGAGAUGAAAGAGGAAAUGCAAAAGGAGUUUGAUAACAUCAUAGACGAGGUGCGGACAGAUGCUAGAGAUGUUGUGUACAGGCUGUAAAUGGUUCUAUGUGGUAGAGUAGGUUAUCGUCUGGAAGGAUUUGUUUAAAGUUAUUGAGAGUGGAGCAGAUCUCAGAGGAGCUGAAGACUCUUGAUGAGAUUUUGGCCGGUGACGAGGGGACAGAUGGCACAGUGGAUGAGGGGACAGACGAUCACAUUAUGGGCCAAACGUGAGAUAGAUGGACAUCUAAAUGACCAGUAUUAUUUUGUCAACAUGUUAAAGUGACACUCCAGUCUCCUUUUCACCUCAUUUAACACCUGAUUUACUUAACAAAAGGCAUAUCUCAAAAGGUGGUCCAGGUAAGUCAUGACAUUGCAGUGCGGGGUGGGCCUUUCUUCUUUUGUUCUCUAUUGCUCCUCAAUCAAGGGGGGAGGCCGAUGACGUCACCACUUCCCGUCAAACCAACUCCUUGAAUGCCCAUAUUUUUUUUACCCUUUAGUGUGUGUACUUUACUGUAUUUAUACUUGGGAUAUCACUUUUCAGGAGGAAAAUAAAAAAAUGACUGGGGGACAUCUUUAAUAUUUUACAUAAUUUCAGUCAUAUUUACUACUAUUGACAGGCUCAUUGGUGCUGUCUUCCUUUGACUUGAUGGGCUCUCUAUGUUCUAGGCUCAGCAGGAGCUGGACACAGAGGGUCUGAAGGGGGAGUUUGACCGCACUCAGGCCACCCAGACCCUGGAGACUACUCUGGACAAGCUGCUGGACCGCCUAGAGGACAAAGAGGCCGGGGACACCGAGGCAGAGCACCAGACAGAGGGAGGCCAGAGGGCCAACGACCCAGCCAGGGGCAGCCCCAGCCUGGCCCCGCGACAGCCAGGUAACUGGGCUCUAUGUGUUCAUAGUUCAUACAUCUACAUUCUGUGUAUAUUGAUGUCUUGUUCCAUCCCAUGUUCAGUACCAUUGGAGAUUUGCUGUUCAAUGCUCAGGGGAAAUUAAAACCGCUGUAGGCUAUAACAGCAUACUGACAGUCCUAUAUGAAGAGAAAAGGCAUUAAAGAAUUGCUUCAAUAUGCUGGAUUCAUGUAGUUAGAUUUGAUUUGCCACUGUCGCUGCUGGCAUACAUUUGAAGUUAUGACACUGUAGAAAAAGCCCCUUUCUAUUACAAGUGAGUAAAACACUUCUAUAAGAGAUCCCACCCACAUUCCUAGCUUUAACUCCUACAUCCUGCUGCUCUACGUAUACUUGUUGGGAGGUGACCUCUGUUGUUUGUCCCCCUUUUGUCUCGUCACCCCAGACCAAGAGGCUGACGACCAUGUUAAAAUCAGAGUUACUAAGUAUAAGACGAGCGGCAGCCCCGAUGGGGAGGUCAAAGUUCAGGAGAUGGGAGAAGGCGACCUCCAGUGGCAGCAUAUUAAGGACAUGGUUAAAGAACAGCUAGAGAAGGCAGGACUGAAGGCCGAAGGUAGGAAGGGGAGUGCCCAAAAAACACACGGCCUAUCUCUCUCUUUUCCGCCUGCUUUCUUUAGCGUAUGAUCAUGCCACUCUCUUCUCAUCUAAUUUGGGUUGUGUUCCAAAAAUAGAAUGGGGUCAAUGGCAAAACAGAGCUACGCAUCACAUGAUCAUAUCUUAUCUAUUGAAAUUUACUUUAAAAAUUCCCUUCUUCAGAUCACUAUUGGGGUGUGGCAAAGAUACUGUGUGAACAUGUUAUCUGAGGAAGCUUCUGGGUGUGCUUGCGAUUAAUUACAUUUCACAAUAGGAUGAUCUGGUUUAGGACUCACAGCAUCAAAGAUCUAUUGAAAAGCAAUGUAGAUGCAACAGUGACUGAUGUCUCAUCCAUUUUCAUAAUCCGUCUUUAAUGUGCUUUCUAUGUCCAGUUCUUAUUUCUUAAAUGAUUGCUUACUGUAUGUGGUAUUGUGAUAGAAGCUUUCCAAUGGGGUUACUGGCUGAUAUUCAAGACCAUAUUUGUGCACAGUUGCACAUUUCAAGCUGCCCAUGUGCUAAUGAAUGUUUGGUGUCUAUUUAUACUGUGUGUGUAUGAGAGGUUAGACGAUGUGAUAUAUUUGCCUGUUUGUGUGUAUUUGCAUUGUUGUUUGAUGUAAGUGAAACACCUGUAAGUAUUGUAACGUUGACAGUUCUUUUUUUAAGGUAAAAUUGAGGUGAAGAUUUUAACACGAAGGACAGCUGGGGAGGCUGGGGACCAGUGGCUGACUGAAGAAGAUACUAAGUCAUUCAGAGAGCUCCUCAUCAACCUAUUGGUAAUCACAAUGACAAGUAUCAUAAUCCUUUUAAAUACACUACAGAUGGGUUGAGUGUUAUUUACAGUCUAGAAAAAGUAUUUUUGAAACACUAUAUAUACAAAAGUAUGUGGACACCCCUUUAAAUUAGUGGAUUCGGCUAUUUCAGCCACACCCGUUGCUGACAGGUGUAUAAAAUUGAGCACACAGCCAUGAAAUCUCCAUAGACAAACAUUGGCAGAAGAAUGGCCUUACUGAAGAGCUCAGUGACUUUCAAUGUGGCACCGUCACAUUGUCUGUCCUCAGUUGCAACACUCACUACCGAAUUCCAAACUGCCUCUGGAAGCAACGUCAGCACAAGAACUGUUCGUCUGGAGCUUCAUGAAAUGGGUUUCCAUGGCCAAGCAGCCACACACAAGCAUAAGAUCACGAUGCGCAAUGCCAAGCUUCUUCUGGAGUGGUGUAAAGCUUGCCGCCAUUGGACUCUGGAGCAGUGGAAACACGUUCUCUGGGGUGAUUAAUCACGCUUCACCAUCUGGCAGUUCGACUGACUAAUCUGGGUUUGGCGGAUUUCAGGAGAACGCUACCUGCCUCAAUGCAUAGUGCCAACUGUAAAGUUUGGUGGAGGAGGAAUAAUGGUCUGGGGCUGUUUUUCAUGGUUCUGGCUAGGCCCCUUAGUUCCAGUGAAAGGAAAUCUUAACUCUACAGCAUACUAUGACAUUCUAGAUGAUUCUGUGCUUCCAACUUUGUGGCAACAGUUUGGGGAAGGCCCUUUCCUGUUUCAGCAUGACAAUGCCCCCGUGCACAAAGCAAGGUCUACAUAUAAAUGGUUUUUUGAGAUCGGUGUGGAAGAACUUGACUGGCCUGCACAGAUCCCUGACCUCAACCCCAUCGAACACCAUUGGGAUGAAUUGGAACGCCGACUUCGAGCCAGGCCUAAUCGGCCAACAUCAGUGCCCGACCUCACUAAUGAUCUUGUGGCUGAAUGGAACCAAGUCCCCGCACCAAUGUUCCAACAUCUAGUGGAAAGCCUUCCCAGAAGAGUGGAGGCUGUUAUAGCAGCAAAGGGGGGACCAACUCCAUAUUAAUGCCCAUGAUUUUGGAAUGAGAAGUUCGAUGAGCAGGGGUCCACAUACUUUUGGUCAUGUAGUGUAUGUGUUGAAAGAUAUCUGUAAGAUCAUUUUCUCCAUCAAUUGGGUUCACAGACUGCUAACAAAAGCAAGAUAAGCAAUUGAAAGAGUUAAACAGUUCAACAUUUUGGAAGAAGUCUAAGUAAUAUGAGUAUGUGUGAGCAAUUCUUUUGAUCUUCCCUGUAUGUCUCUCAGACAGGGGGAACAGAGGAGGUUUACAAGGAGCAAAAAAGACAUCAGGAGUUGGAAAACAACUACAGAUUUGUAUGGGGAGAUAGACAGCAAGAGGCCCAGUCCACCAGUACUGCACCGGACUCAGACGAUGUGGAGUUAUGAGCUCUGGGGAGACGUUUCCUCACAUCGUGGGAACCAAGCACCUGUGGAGGCUAGGAGCGGGGAGUGUCCCUCUCCCCUGUCAGACCUCUGAACUCACUGCUAAGUCUCAGCCGCCCCUUGGGCCCCACUGGUAACACCAGUGUCCAUAAAUGCACCUGUUCCCACACUUAGAAAUGUGUUGUGUCCCUAUCCGGCACCCUUAUGUACCUUGCACAAACCAAUCCAAAUGUCUCAGCUGUGGUAGUGUAAUGGUGUCAGGUUUUGUUUUCUCUCUUUAGUGGGAGGCCAAUGUGAUGGCUGAAAAGGGGUGUAAUUUCAAUGUCUGUAACUAUGUUGGGUUGAGAGGAGGGUGGAAAAACACCAUGGACUGGACAAUUUGCACCUGUGAAAAUGUAUCUAAGGCUUGGACUGAAUGAGGUUUAACUUUACAUUUCUACAGAGCUAUGAUGCCCUCUCCUUGUGUAUCCACACAGCAGUGCUUAUAACUACACCUCUGUGUUUGUCUGCUGCUCUACAGUGUGAGGAAAUCACCUCCAUGAGUGAUGCAAUGUAGGAAUUGACCUCGUAUUUACACUUGGCUUCACAAAAUAAUAUAGUAUGUUUGCAAAAGGAGGGUUCGGUUCACUAGUUAUCUUGUUUAGAAAUUCUACAUUGUUUAAAAAGAAUGCAGGUUCGGAAACCUGAAAAAGAGUGAGCACCCCCAUGCUAUUGUGGUUUGGAGGUUGAACCACAGUUUGAAUAUUUAAAUCAGAACCCGUGUAAUUUAGUGAAGCUUUUACAACUCUUUAAUUUAAUUGUUCAUUGUGGAAUUGACAUGCUUGAUGAAACAUUCAUCGUACUCCAUAUGCAUUUUGUAGCACUUUAAAAGUUGAGAAAUGGUUCUGGAAAGUUGGACAUUUUGAUAACUGUCACGAAUGUUCAAAACCGUUAUUUGAAGUUUCAGAUUUUUUUGGUUUGAUGCUAUGUACAGCAAACCAAAAAAUACUAAACCUAUUUUCAUUUGAGAAGUUAUUUCUCAGAAAUAGUGAUUGGAGCGCAGCUGUUCUUGUCAAAAAAAAUGGCGAGCAUACAUUUUACGUAUAGGUUGUCCUGGGGAUCAAACCCACAACCCCGGCGUUACAAGCGCCAUGCUCAACCAACUGAGCUAGAAAAGGCUU